ACAUACGCGCGGCUCAGCUGUGUCCUCUUGUCGACCGGUUGGUUGGCGAUAAGAUAAAGGAGAGCACACAGUAGAGCUCGGCAACACCAUGGCGCCGGCAGCGGCAGCGCUAGCUGCUCCCAUCGCGUCCAUCGCCCACAGCUCCGCCGGGAGGGCCACCGCGGCCGCGGCCGCUCUCGCCGCCGCCAGCCUCCGCUCGGCCAGGACGAGCGGCUCACCUCUUCUAGCUCAGCUCGGCGGCGGUGCUAUCGCCUCUUUUCUUGGGUUCCGUUCCUUGCCUCGUGGCGUCCACGCCAUGCCUAACCUUCGUCGCUGCUCUUCGCAAGGCGCAGCAGUUGUACCACGGUCGAACCAGAUGCUCAGAUCAGCGCGGCAGCAGAGGCGUUUGGUGCCCAGAGCCAGCAGCUCAGAUGAACCCAAAUCCACCACCGAAGAGAAGACACCAUUUGGGUACACGAGGAAGGACGUGCUGCUCAUCGGCGUCGGCGUGACGCUCCUCGGCUACGGCCUCAAAUACGGCCUAGAGCUCGUCGGAGUCGAUCCCUUGCAAGCGGGAAACGCCGUGCAGCUGAUCAUCGUGCUCGGGAUGACGGUGGGGUGGAUCUCGACGUACAUGUUCCGGGUGGCCAACAAGGACAUGACCUACGCCCAGCAGCUCAGGGACUACGAGAAGCAAGUCAUGGAGAAACGAUUGGAGAGCUUGUCAGAAGCUGACCUGCAGGUUCUGCUCGAGCAGGUAGAGGAAGAGAAGCAGAGCCUGACUCCAGUGAGGGAUCAGGGUGUUACCUUCACCAGGAAAACGGAGGACCAGACGAAUGCUAGCUAGAACCCCUUGAUUCUGUAAUUAGCUAGCUCUUCUGCACUGCUAGAUAGCUAAGAAACUAGCGGUGGAUGUGGAUCGCACAAUGUUGCGCGAUUCGAAUGACCCGCUAAUGUCUCCCGUGUUUAUGAAUUAUUUCGAACUAAAAAUAGUUGGUGAUCCUAAUCAUCCAGACGAGA